CGCCUGCAUGUGUAUCAAAGGUUGGCACACUGAUGCGCUUGCUGAAACCGCGUUAUUUUGUGUGCGAGGCUGGUCUAAGUAACGUGGCAUUCACUUUUUAUCGACUGACUUUUGUGGGAGAGUAGAUUUGUUUUUUAAGAAAAUCGCGUGUUGAUAAAAUGUGAUGGGCGGCGACGGGAGUAAAAAUAAGGAAUCAGCAUCGCUGGUGAAGAGGAGAUCCCUGUCUCUCCCGGCUCAGCUUGUUCAUCACAGUCUAUUUAGACGCAGCGCCCAGCACAGAGAAUACCCCGUCUCUGAGCAAUCUCGGCCCUCAGACUCAAACCCUGAGGGGCCUCGUGUAGAGUGGACACUGCCGGGCUUUAUUUCCAUUUUCCUGCCGGAAUUUCCUCACAGGUUUACUGGGCAUAAGCAUUUACAGAUUCUUGGUUUUGUAGCUAAAGGCUCGUUUGGUCCAAUCCUGAAGGUGAAGGACAUGUCUAAAGAUGAGACUUAUGCUAUUAAGGUUUUACCCAAAGCUGAGGUUUUGAGACAUGGAGUCCUCCAGCAGUCCAAAGAGGAGGUGAUCAUUCAACGACAAGUCAGACAUCCUUUCCUCCUCAGUCUCCGGGACUGUUGGCAGAGCCAGAGCAAUCUCUUCAUCAGUGAGUCACACCACACACAUACCCACUGUCCCACUCCUUAUUUUCCUUGCACUCAUUUCGCUUUCAGAAAAGGGAAUUGUAGAAUAGACACAUUAAUGCUGUCUCAUUUAGGUCACCUAUGCUUGACUGAUUUCGGGCUGUCUCGCCGUCUUGAGCACGGGGAUAGAGCUUUUACUAUCUGCGGCACAAUACAGUACAUGGCUCCUGAGGUCCUGAGCGGCGGUCCGUACAGCCACGCUGCAGACUGGUGGUCUCUUGGUAUUCUUCUCUAUGCUCUAGCCACUGGAGGGUUUCCUCUGCCUGCGGAAGCAGAUCACUGUGAUAUGCUGGCCAGUGUCAGUGAGUGUCCAUAUGACAUGCCUGCAAGCCUCAGUCCAGCUCUGGCCUUCCUGCUCAUAGAGCUUCUGUGCAAGAUCCCCACACGUCGCUUACACUGCCUGGAGCUCUUCCAGAGCCAGAAGUUUUUCCACGGCAUGUCUUUUGACUCCCAGCUGCUGCAGAAAAGUCCCAUUGAGCCAAUCCUCGAGCUGAAGAAUCAUCCUGACCGACCGGAAAGGUCAAUGCGAGGUUUAACAUUAGACCUGCUUCAGAAUUUUGAGUGUGACCUACUGAACUCUCCAUCCACCCCUGCAGAUUUGUCUCCUACCUUAAUGAAGAUUAAGGUAAAUGAAGACACAGCAGGGGCUAAAACAAAAGCUAUAGGAACCAAUUCUCCGUGAAAACAGAAAACCGAAAUGAACUCAUUUUUUCUCUCUGUAACAUUUAGUGUUUUGCCAAAGAUGAGAUAAAACGGCACAGUAUUUUUCUAAUAGUUCACCCGCAAAUCAGUCUAUGUGAUCUAUGUGAUCAGUCUUGUCAAUAACAAGUAUUACUACAGAGUCUUAUUUAAUAAUCAUAUUUCUUUUCAUCUGAAUAUACAGAAAGCGUAUUAGAUUUUUAACAAUGUUACCUCUGUUUUGAAAGUUAAGUUUUGCCCUAGUAUAAGGCAAUAUUUGUCUUAAUAGUAUAUGAACUGUUGGGUUUUAUUUAGUUCCUGUGUAUAAAGGAAAGGAGUAUAUAAUUUCAAUUAUUAUUAUUUUUAUAUCGGUUACAGUGAUGCCCAGUUUACUGUGGCACCAUAAGGGUGAUAAUCUGUGACAAAUAGAUUGUGACCUUUUUAGACACAAUAUUGCCAGUUACUUUUUUGGAAAUAAUAGUUCCAAAUGAAGCCAAAGCUGAAUCAACUU